UACUGUAAUCAUUAAUCGCUUGCUUUAAAAGUAUACUACUCUAAACAUGGUUGCGUAAACGAUUUAUAAUACCGUUAACGUGUACGAUGUUGAUGAUAUCACAAGGAAGAAAAGAAAAUACUGAGAGAGAAAUUUAAACCACUUUCACUGAAGUUUAAUAUUAUGUUUAUUAUAUUAGUAUAGCAAAAAUCACGGGAACCGGAAGGUGUGGGAAAUAUACUUUUUACGAUUCCUGCACACUGGUCCAGUGCGAUCUUCCGUCCGCAUCAAGAACCAUGCAGAUCACAAGUAUACUAUCGACAUUGGUGCAGACGGCGGUCGCUGUGUUGAUGAUGUCGCAGAGCUGUACAAAAGCGGCUCCGGCCGAAGGGCUCACGCCGUUCGGUUUCCUCAUGGCCAGGGCUUACGGACAACCGGCCGUAAACCCGGUCAUGCGUCACAUAGCAUUCAAGCCCAGCGAUGGGGCCAAAUUCCGGGAGUCUUUCGAGAAAAAACACGGGCCCCGCGGACGGGACCUGAUUGACAGCCUGGGACGGGGUUCGUACAAGAUUGGCGAGGCGACGGCGGUAAACCGAUUGCCUAUUGACAUCGCGAUCGCAGGCGAAGCUUCCAGAAAAUCUUUAGUAGUCGUGAAUCCUUCCGAAGCUCUACGUGAAAAACAAUGAUUUCAACAAAGCCAAGGGUAAAAACAAAUUUUACUCCUAUAAGUUAAAGUGAAUAUUGUUUUAAGUGCACCGUCAUUGUGCACAUACCUUUUCGAUGUUAAAACUAACAGCACUAUACCUAUGAUUUUGAUGAAGAUCGAUUGCCCAAAACCAACGUAUAGACGAUUGAUUAUGUAGUGAUUAU